UUUAUGGAGCAACAGAAGUUUAUUCAUGAAUCUCUCACUCUUCAGAAGAACAGAAUGGAGGAAUUUAAAUCACUGUGUGAAGAAUACUUGGAGAAAUUCGAGGUGAUGAGAGAUUCUCAGGGAAAUUCCAUUGCUGAAGAGCUGAGACGUCUCAUAGCCGCCUUGGAAAUAAAACUUCUGAUGGUGCAUAGCCAGCAAGAGACUGCUGCUGCUCCACAGUCUCUCCUGGAUACGUUAUUCUCAUAAUACUUUGGAGGACAAAAGUCGAUAUGAGAGGAGCAGAAAUAAGCUGGGUGAAUCUACUUGUGGUGAUACUUGCAGCUUCGGUGACUAGAUCUUCUCAUGUUGUCCUCCUGUUCCUGAAGAUUCCCCUUUCUGUUAAAACCCCCAAGCCCCAAGGAUUUGUGUGACAGCAGUGCAAAUAUGUUUGUAGGAAGCUCCAGCCCUCGGGUAGAAACAGCAGGCUUUCCUUGGUAGCAUGGUAAUUGAGGGUUAGCACACAUUAGGGUUGAUAUAGUGGAUUAUCAUACCUGAGCGUCAUUUUCCCAAAUUAGAAGGCACACAAGUGGGCCAUCCUUGUCCUGUCCAGAUAAAUAAUUAAAGAAGAUGCAGUCUUUCUUUUACAUUCUGUUCUUAAAUGUGUUCAGUGAUGGAGCCUAUGGAACUGACCUUAAGCUUCCAAAGGCAGUGUGCUCUUUAAAAGACUGUGCCUCAGAAAUAGUUAAACAAGUAGAAUUUAUCAAGCCUCCCGAGUAAGAAAGAUGUGAGUAAUGUGACUUGAGUCUGUGGAAAUGUUAUUUGCAGACAACAUUUACAAGGUCUUUCAGUUAAAUGUGUCUGUCACACUAAGAGGUGAUUCUGAACAUGAGAGUACAGCUCAACUCGGCCAUGGUUGAUUAAUUUCCUCACUUGUAUGGAUAGGAGUAACUGAGACUGUUUUGUUUUUGAAAUUUAUCACGCAUGUAGUAUGUGAUCAUCAGGGAUACGGGAGGUCUCCUGUACAGCUAAAGCUCAUGUCCUGUGAUUUCCCAUAUGUAUACCCUGGAAAAUCUUUACUUGGGAACAUUUGAUUUAAUAAACCUGAAAUUGUUUCAG